AUGCUCUACGACCCGGACACCGCUAACCAUCUCAAGCCCUGGCUCAUCAGGACACUCGAGCCCAUAUGCGACGCUGAACCCGGCGCGCUCGCUGACUACAUCCUCGCCCUCCUCAAGCACAACGCGCCGGAGCCGGAGCUCAGGAAGGAGCUUGAGACACAGCUGGAGGAGUUCCUGGAAAAUGGUGCGUCGCCGGUCCCCGCCUUCGUCGAUACAUUGUUCACCGCCCUCCGGUCGAAGUCAUACCUCCCCUACUCUGCCGUUCCUUCUUCAUCCGACCGACCCGCCCCCAGCACCUCCGCCGAUGGCGGCAUCCCAAUUCCUCUCGACGGUCUCUUUGGACCCUCAUCACAGCCAUCCGACCGGGGCCGGAAACGCGGUAUCGACGGCACCGACUACGACUCGCACGGACCUUCGAAGGGCGCACGACUGAACCAUGACGGCCAAUCGUCAAGAUACGGUCGUGGCGAUGGUCGCUCGGCGUGGUCCGGACGUGGCGAGCGCGGGGGGAGGAUGAAUGUCAGCGGCCGUGCUGACUUCAUGGACGGCGGCAUGGCGGGGAUGGAGAUGAACACGGGUAUGAACGGGAUGGGCAUGAACGGGCGCAAUGGCCAGAGCUACAGACCCCCAGACCAGCGGCGGGGCAUCUGCAGGGACUAUCACAACAGUGGCUAUUGCGCGCGGGGCGCGUUCUGCAAGUACAGUCAUGGGGACGAUGCCGUCAUCCCUGGUCAACUCUUCCCCCUGGGCGGCGGUAUGCCGUUCAUGGGCAUGAUGGGCCCAGGAGGGAUGCCGUUCCCCAUGGGCAACGCCGCCGGUGCUACUUAUGACCCUCACGAAAGGAUGGACAUGCGGCCGAUGAAUGGGAUGGGGGCAGGACGCGGACAAAAUCCUCGACCAGCAGUGCUACCCCGUACGGAACAGAGCGAUGCGCCAAUGGGACGCAACCCCGGUGAGCUGCCUGUCAUCCAGGACCUGACGCCGCAAGUACCUAUUCAAGACGUCCAACCGCACAUCAAUGGCGACGGUCCUGGGCGACCUAUGGAGCAACUUCAGUCAAAUGGCGCCGUUCCUUCCCCUCAGAUCCCUGCAACGGACGGGAACACGUCCAAUCGCCCGUUACCGGCGAAUGGUCGUGGCGGCAUGGCGGGGCGUGGACGCGGACGUGGAAGCUUUGGCGGCGAUGCACAGAGCUUCCGUCCCGAGCGUCGGAAUGACAAGACGCUCGUGGUGGAGAAGAUCCCCGAGGACAAGCUGUCACUGGGUGCAGUCAACGACUGGUUCAGCAAGUUCGGCACGGUCACGAACGUCGCUGUCGACGCCCCCAGCUCAAAAGCUCUAGUCAGCUUCAACACCCACGAAGAGGCCUACAAGGCGUGGAAGUCGGAGGAGGCGGUCUUCGGUAACCGAUUUGUCAAGGUCUUUUGGCAUCGACCUAUGGAGGGUCACGGACAAGCUGGCCAGCGGAUGCUUGCCGCCUCUGCACCCAUCGUCGCGCAACGAACGGGUCCUACAGCCGAAAGCGCUUCUGUUCCUCAGCCACCAGCACCUGCGCCAUCGGUCGCGCGCUCCACAUCAAAUAUGUCUUCUGCUGCGGCAGCACUGGCCGCAAAGCAAAAGCUCAUCGAGCAACAAAUCGAGGAGCAGAAGACACUCAUGGCGAAGCUCUCCUCGGCCACCGCAGAAGAGAAGAAGCCCAUCAUGGCACGCUUGCGGGAGUUGAACAAGGAGAUGAAGCCCUCUGCGACGUCUGCACAAUCUCCGCCGCCACCAGCAUCUUCGUCCACCCCACGGAAAGCCUCGACGCCACAUGUCGACGAACGCCAACGAGCAGAGCUCGAGCGGCUAGACAAAGAGCUCGAGACACAUCACAGCGAGAAUGGGACACCAGGCGCGGAAGGCGAGGAGGAGAGCACGGAGGAGCUCAAGGCGAAGCUUGAGAAGCUCAAAGCGGAGGCCGCCAGUCUCGGCAUCCCUGUGUCGGAGCCAGCAGCGGCACCGUACGGUGGUACAUCGUACCGGCCGUACCGCGGUCGUGGACGAGGCGCGCGCGGCAGCUACUAUCGCGGAGCGAUCCGUGGCGGUCCGCCACGGACGAGCAUGAAGCUCGACAACCGCCCGAAGAAGCUUCUCGUCAAGGGCGCCCCGGUCGAGUCUCUUCAGGCGGUGCGGGACUGGUACGAGACGACCGGUCAAGUCGACGCCGUGGACGCCCUCGACGGCGGCAAUAUCCUCGUCUCGUUCCGCACGCGGGCUGCCGCCGAGCAAGGGUUCGCAAAGGGCUCCCAGAUCGCUACUGUCGGUGGCGUACAGCUCUCGUGGCACGCCGGCCCCUCUGGCCCCUCCAAGACAUCGACGGUCCCGGUCUCUGCAUCCGCCGCGACGCUCGCCGACGCUGACAGCCGGGUGUACGGCCGCGAGGCUGCUGAGGGCGUACCCGAGGACGUCAAUGAGGACUCGGCGAUGCACGCCCCCGAUGACAUUGAAGUGGGCGGCUGGGGUGUCGACGACGACGGGUUCGGGAUGAUGUGA